AUGAUCAUGACCACACGACGAAUUUGUUACAUAGUUUCUGGAAUAAUUUCUCUUCUCUUUGUCACCUUCAUGAUCAUUUUGAUCCUUGCUCUAACUGCGUUCAAACCAAAACAUCCGGUAUUACAAACUGUGUCGUCCACUGUAGAAGCUGUAUCCACAGAUAUAUCACCACCACUUGAUGUGCAACUAAAUUUCACUCUUACACUUCAGUUGAUGAUUAGUAAUCCUAAUCUUGCCGAUUUUGAAUUCAAUACAGUGGAAAACUUGGUCUAUUACAGAAAUGGUUUAGUGGGAAAACUCACUCUUCCUUCGAGUACACUCCCUGCCAAAGGCUCAACGCUUUUGUCAUGUCCUCUUGUUCUUCAAAUCGACAAGUUUGUUGCUAACAUAAGUGAUAUCUUGCAGGAUAUAUUGCAAAAGAAAAUUGAGAUAGAAACAAAGUCAAAUAUGCCAGGAAAAAUUACAGUGUUGGGAAUCUUUAAAGCACAUCUGAAUACAUUUUCACAUUGCAAACUCGUACUUAGCUUUCCUUCAAUGAAAGUGGAGACGCAAGUGUGUGAGCUUAAAACUAAGCUAUAA